CUUCCCUGAUGCUUCGAUCUGUUCCAUCGUUUCAAAACAUGGCGGCAAAGGAUUUGACAGUUACAGAAGAAUGGAUACGUGAGAAUGUGCAGUUACACCAUAAAGUUUUAGAUGAUGUCCGAACACUGUGCCUGCCCGGUAACAUUGAGGGGAAAAUAAGCCAUUUAGGAAUAUCUCUGAAGAAUUUCGUCCGUUUGAAGACACUAGACCUGUCUUACAAUGCGCUAACCUCGGUUUCAGGUCUUCAGCACCUAAAAAUGCUGAAAAGCCUGAAUUUGUACUUCAACAAAAUAUCAGCCUUCGAAGAGGUCAGGACCCUUUCCAAGCUGAAAAGCCUGAUCGAGCUGGACCUGAGACUCAACCCUCUGGUCAAGAAGCACCCAGAAUACCGCCUCCACUUGGUGCAUUCAUUGACCCAGCUGCGGAAACUCGAUGACUACCCAGUGAGGGAUAGAGAGCGGAGAGCUGCCAUCAUGUAUUUCCCCUCUGAUGUGGAGCUCGAGCCCAAGCAGAAAACGAGUUGCAUAUCCAGCCACUCAGACCAGAGGACCAGUGAUCUGAGUGUGGCCACAGUUCACAAGCUGACCAGAAGUCUGACGUUGCGGGAUGGUAAUGAGGAAGCAGCAGUGAACCAUAUCAACCGCAGGAACGGGGCUCAGAUGAGUCCUCAGCCACCUGCACAGAAAGGACCGGAAUCACCACUGGCACAGGAAAUACCUGACGAAGUGAUAUACUUAGUUAAUGAUUCUGAGUCCUACCUUCAAAAACAGGACUUUGUAAAACCAGCCUUCAGACGUUCACAGAGCAAUGAUGCCUCUCGUGUCCAGCCAAGCAUUCCGCUGUGCAGAAAAGGGUCUCUGACCAAUGGUGGACCUUCAGGGCCUGCCAGUAACAGACCCAGAGUGACUUUUGCAGACUGCUAUGUUACGGGAUCCCACAGCAUACAUCCCCUGCCAGCCAGCCGUGGGAGGAAGCCCUCGCCGCUCAGAAUCCCAGCCACGGCAGUGUUCACACCAGACCCCAGAAUGACCUCGCAUUCAGCAGAUGGAGAUGGUCCGCUAGCUUCCAUACAGCUAGCAUCCCCACCCAGUGCUGCAGGGCAGAGCACUUUGGAGGUUGCUGACCUCUGUCGUCACGCACACCGCCUGUCCUGCAGGAGUGCAGAGGACGGGGGCUGCCCCGAGCCAGCAGACGCCAGACCUCAGAAGAGCAGCUUCAGGAAGCCACUGGAGCUGCUGUUCAAUAUGGUGCAUGAGCACUGGAGGACAGGCAAGAGGGACCCGCAGCACUACAAGACCUUCUUCACUCGGUCUGUGCAGGUGCUGUCCCUGAUGGAGAAGGAGCUGGUGAGCGGCGAGAGUGAGGCGCAGGCCCUCAGAGAGGAGGUGCAAGGCCUCAACGCCCAGGCUGAGGCUCGGGAGGACCAGCACCAAUCUGUGAUCCAGAAGUUCUCCACCCAGCUAGAGAACGCACGCAGCUCCAUUGAGACCCUUGAUGAGCAGCUGAGGAGUGUGUUGGAGGAGAAUGUGUCUCUGCAGAAACAACUCAUAAACCUGGAGCGGAACCUCUUAUCGUCCAGGAUUAACACAAUGACUAGAGCCGGUGGUAACGGUGGGUGCAUCUGA